AACACAUGUGGCCGUUUAGAAAAGGGGCAUCUGGGUUCUCAUCAUCUUCCACAGCAGAGGAAGUCACUCAAGGGAUUGACGGGACCGGUCUUACCGCCAUAGUUACAGGAGCAUCUAGCGGGAUUGGCGCCGAAACGACGCGAGUUCUUGCGUUGCGCGGUGUCCAUGUGAUAAUGGCUGUAAGGAAUGUGUCUGCUGGUAGAGAUGUCAAAGAAGCAAUACUUAAGGAAAUCCCAUCUGCUAAAGUUGAUGUUAUGGAAUUGGAUCUCAGUUCAUUUCCUUCUGUGAGGAAAUUUGCAUCAGAUUUCAAUUCAUGCGGCCUUCCACUCAAUAUCCUGGUAAACAAUGCAGGGGUAGCAACCGGUGCAUUCAAGCUUUCUAAAGACAAUAUGGAACUACAGUUUGCAACAAACCACUUAGGCCAUUUUCUCCUCACAAAUCUUUUGUUGGACACAAUGAAGAAAACAGCAAGUGAAAGUGGAAAAGAAGGAAGAAUUGUAAACGUCUCCUCAGCUGGUCACCGCUUCACCUAUCGUGAAGGAAUCCGUUUCGAAAAAAUUAAUGAUCCUUCUGGGUAUGGAAAACUAGGCGCAGCCGGAUAUGGGCAAUCGAAACUUGCUAACAUUUUGCAUGCUAAUGAGCUUGCAAGACGUCUAAAGGAAGAAGCAGUGAAUAUAACAGCAAAUUCACUUCACCCAGGAGCAAUUGCAACCAAUCUUUUCCGCUACAAUGCCAUUGUCAAUGGGAUUGCCAACAUACUAGGUAGAUUUUUUCUGAAAAAUGUUCACCAGGGAGCUGCUACAACGUGCUAUGUGGCAUUAAAUCCACAGGUGAAAGGUGUGAGCGGUGAAUAUUUUGUUGAUAGUAAUGUUUCCAAGGCAAGCUCACAGGGGAGGGACAUGGAUUUGGCAAAGAAACUCUGGGAUUUUAGCCUGAAUUUGACCACAUGAUGUACCGAGUUUAGUUAUAAAGUAUCUGUUAUAUCAUUAACCAAUCUGAGUUUGUUAGAGAUCUCCAGAUUUAUAUUAUAAUUUGAAUAAU